UGGGGUGUAAACAACGGUCACAUCGUUGACGUGUAGCAUUUGUUUUGUUAAAUUUGGUAAAUAUUCCAUGUGAAUUGUGCCUAAAUUACAGUAGAGAUGUCUCAAUUUGGUGGACCCAAUGAUUUCUACGCCUCCGGGCCCUCGGCAGAUGCCAGUUACAACUUCGAUAUGCCCGAAUUCGGCCAGGAACUGAACUUCCAGAGCUUCGACAACACACAGCCCUCGGUGCCGCCCAACUAUGAUGCGACCUAUGCCCAGCCUCCGGCGCAGGGCUUAGGAGGAUUCUAUGAUCCCACGGCGUACACGGACACGAGUUAUGGCCAGGACAAAAGCGGAAAACAAGGCGGCGCCGGUGGAGCCGGCAACGAGUUCGAUGAUGAGCCACCGCUCUUGGAGGAACUGGGCAUCAAUCCGAAUCACAUUUUCCAAAAGACACUGGCCGUGCUGAAUCCUUUGAGGGCCACCGACCAGCAAAUACUGCAGGACACCGACAUGGCGGGCCCACUGGUGUUUUGUCUCACACUUGGUGGCUUCCUGCUGCUGAGCGGCAAGGUGACGUUCUCCUACAUUUACGGCAUCGGCGUAAUGGGCUGCAUCUUCUUCUAUUGCCUGCUGUCCCUGAUGGUCAUCCGGGCGCAGGUGACCUUUGGGGCUGUGGCCUCCGUGCUCGGCUAUUGUCUGCUGCCCAUGGUGGUGCUGUCGGGCAUCAACAUUUUAAUCACCAUUCAGGGCACACUCGGCCUAAUUGUGACCGGCAUCUGCAUAUUCUGGUGCGCCAUAUCGGCCUCGAAACUGUUCGCCACCGCCUUCUCCAUGGACCAUCAACAGCUGCUGAUUGCCUAUCCGUGUGCGGUGCUCUACGGAGGAUUUGCGUUGAUUACCAUUUACUAGGGCCACGGGCAGCCGCUAGUUCGUUCGUCCAUGCCUUCCAAACGCCACAUCCCCAACCCACUCCCUCGUCGAUGUUGUGUUUGCCUGGUUUUAAUUGUCCUGCAAACACGCAUACACACAUAUACUCUGGCACAACAAAUACACACGCCCGGAGCAGGAGGAUGAAAACAACAAGGGGCGACUACACAUGGAUAUGGAUAUUUUUAAGAAAAUAAGCGCCGAUUGCGUGUUUGUUUUUUUCGGGUGGCUCUUCUUUACUCAAUUCUUUUGUUGUAGGCCGAUGUAAUAAAUUUGAUUGGGAAUAAAAAAAAUGGUUAACAAAUUGAAA